CAGAAGAACAAGUACAAACGAGAAGGACGGCAUCCAACAAGAAAGAGGUGAAUCUGUUUUAGCUCGUGCUGAGUUUUUCGUUUGCAGCUUUGAAGCAGCACCUUUUGGAAGAUGUGCUGAAAGAUAUUGCAGAGUUUGCCUUUAUGUGGGAUGUUAACAGUAACGAGGGAGAAGUGAGUGUUUGUGAUCCAGCACCAAACUUGGAGAAGAGCAUGAAGAUCACGAAGAGCUCCAGGAAUACAAACGCUAAGAACAUAACUAUUGUGCAUCGGAUGGCAACUGUAAGUAGAUGGCUUUCUAGUUUUUUGAGCGGAUACAGAAAGCUUAAAGGUUAUAGUGGUGGAAGUGUAACUUUCCUGUACUCCGCCGCGACGAGAUAUGGUGUGGUAAAACAGCGAGCCAGAAGAGCAGUCCUCUGGGAUCCAAAGACGGGGAAGGAAUAUCCGGCAAAAUUGAAGCUUGCGGCAACUUUCUCUGUUGGAGACGAGGAAAGUUCUCAAGCGGCUUGA